AUGUCGACAUUAGCAACUCGACUCGGUCAUAUUUUACUCAAUUUCAACAUUUAUUACUUAGGCGCAAUAUGUUUUUUUGGCAUCAUCGGAAAUUUUCUAAAUAUAUUAGUCUUUUGUCAAAAUACAUUAAAGAAUACUGGUUGUUCACUGUAUUUCAUUAGUCUUUCCAUCGUUCACAUCAUCGUUCUAUGUGUUCCUUGUCUUAGUCAAGUUAUAUUUGCAAUAAGUGAAUUCGAUAUCGCUCUCCAUUCCUUAUUUUGGUGUAAAUUUUUCGUCUAUUUCAUCUUUAACGGUAUUUUCUUAUCCCGUUAUUAUAUAUGUCUGAUAUCUAUUGAUCGAUGGUUGAUAACAUCCUUUCAAGCACGAAUCCGUCAAUUGAGUAAUAUAUCCGUCAUUCGUCGAAUUCUUGUGAUCACAACAACCAUUUGGCUCAUAUUUAAUAUUCAUUCAGCAAUAGGAUUUACCUUAAAGGAUCAUAUUUGUGACAUCUCAAUUAAUUCAGUUUAUUCAACAUUCUAUCUCAUUCUUUGUCUUAUUGUAUCUUUCCUACCUUUAUUUAUUUUAAUUUUAUUUACAAGUUUAACUUUAAUACGCCUAUUUAAGAAAAAUUUGAUUAACAAACAAGCAUCGCAGAUUCGAUUUAUUGAACUAAACGAACAAAAUAAUGGUCGAGCGAUACCUGCUCAAAACAGACAACAUCAUCGAAUAUCUAAUCGAAAUUUUCAAUUGAUCAAACUGAGUCUUAUUCAAGUCUCAUCGUAUAUCAUCGUCAAUUUACCCAAAGCUGUUCAUAUACUAUAUAUCUUUCUAACAAGAAAUUCGAAAAAGAGUCCCGAACAGCUGGCAAUCAACAAUUUUAUUGGUCGGAUGACCACAAAUCUUCUUUAUACACAUUGUGCGAUUACGUUUUAUAUUUAUACAUUGUCAUCAAUUACAUUUCGGAAAGAAUUUCUCUUGGUUUGCCAACGUUUCCGACGAUACGUUCUCGUCUUUAUUCGUCGUUAA